AGAGAGAAAAAAAAUGUUCCGCUAUGCUGAAAACAACUCUUAUCAACCAGCAUGAGGCUGUCUUGUUCCCCCUCAAAAUCUGGUUGGUGGGGGCUAUAGGUGUCAGAUGGGCCGUGCCACAUAUAAGCAGCACUCGCAGUUCUCUUCACGCAUCGCAGUUCUCUUCACACAUCUGGAGAGAAGACAUUCAGCUACAAGCAAAAAAAAUAAAAUAAAAUAACUGAGGAUGGCCUGGCUCAAGAUUACUUUGCUUCUCUUCAUUUAUCUUGAAGGCAGUGCUCUGGCUUCAGCUAUUAAUUUCGACGGUUUGCAAGAUGUUCCAGAUGCCCCCAGAGCAAAUGGGGACGUCUGCAAGGAUUGCACUCAAAUAUUUCAACUCCUCGAUGACCUGCUCUCCAACAAAGACCUCCAGAAAAAGGUCAUGGAUGGCAUUGAAAAAAUCUGUAACCACCUGCCCGGUGCAGCUGCCAAAAUCUGCAAAGACGAAGUGGAGAAGAUGCUCCCAGUGGCAGUCAACAUCCUUACCUCUGUUGUAAAACCGGAGCAGAUCUGCAAAAUCAUUGGGCUCUGCGGGUCCUGUGACAAGCAGGACAAGAUGCUCCGGUAUUUCGUAGAGGAGGCCUUCCAGGUUGCUAUGACGAGUGAAAAUGUACAGCCCACAACACAUUGCACCUUCUGCAUUUUUCUCGUCAAGACUUUGGAGGACUUGCUGCCUAAAGAAAGGACUGAGGGGGCUGUGAUUGAACUGCUUGAGGAGAUUUGCCAUAUUUUGCCUUCCAAAUUCCAAAGCCAGUGCGAAGCUAUGGUUGGCAUGUUCACCAAGACUGUGCUGGACGCCAUCCUGAGCCACGCCACCCCUCAGGCCAUCUGUGCUCUCAUCCACAUGUGCAAAGGGCAGGAGGCUCCUCUUGUUGACCCCUGCACUUUGGCAACAUACAGGUGCAGAGACAUGAACACUGCCCUGAGAUGUGGAACGAUGUUCUACUGUCAGAAGUUUGUCUGGAAGUCUCUCACCUAUGACAGGAUUUAAAAUGUUGAGGGUGGAGUUAAAAAUGAGUCAACCUCGGUGCCUCUGUGCAUGACCCAGAUCUUCUAACGUCAAACUGCAAAUAUUCCUCUAACCGUUUGACACAGCAUGCCACCUGAUAGUAAUUCUUUGCGAUAUUGAUUUGAUAUCUUGCUGUUUUUGUGAUUUUGCUUUGCGCUUGCUGUUUGCGUUGAGCGAAGCGAAACCAGGACUUAGCUUGUCAAAGUGUGGACAAAAGGACUGUUUGAACUUGAGGAGUAAAAGGAAUGUAGACGAGAUAUGAAAGCUUGAGCAGGAUCAGAAAGUUGAAUUAAUGAAUGGAAGGAAUGUUUCACAAUCAUUUUGCAUACUUGAGAUUUUUUUUAUUUUAAACCAAAUUCCUUUUUCUAUUAUAUGCACAAGUUAUCAUGGCUUCAUCUGCUUUAAUAAGAGUGUAUUCUGGCCCAUGAAACAUCAAAAAUCCACCUUGUCUGGAUUAAUGAUAAUUUUGUUAUUAAAGUCCAAUAUACCUCCUGUAAAUGAAUCUGUAACGCUGUGCAGUCUGGUCCAAUUUUGCUGGUAGUUUCUGACCCUAACUUUUAAUAGCUGAGGUUUCAAAGUAAAGGACAAUGUGUUUUUUAUAAAACAAGUGUGUAUGAAAUCCAGAACUGAAAGUAUUUUCAUGGUUUUGUGUUCCUGGACUUCAACUCUGUCUGAGGAAGCGAUCAUCCCAACAGCCUCAUGAUACUGAAUCCGACUUAUGCCUUUUUUUUUUUUAUUCACAAAAAAACAAAACUGUGUAGAAAUUAACAUUUUAACGGAUAAUUCCAAAAUCUACAGUAGAACCUUAACAUGGAGUCUCAAAUCUGCUAUAUGACACAGAAAAUAAAAACAGUAAAAAAACAGCACAAUAAGCACAAGGAAGAGUGCAGUUUAUUUGAAGGGUUCAAAAGAGAAACUCAUCAACAAAUCAGACUCCACAGUAUGAAUUACAGAAUGGGGGGGGAACAGGUUCAAUAUGUCAGGAGGGGAUAGGGACACUGCAGACAGUGAGACAAGGCACUUUUACACAUUCAGCAACCGCACUGACAGACUCACUUCUAAUCAUGACGAAAAUCUAUUUAAGGGAAAGAAAAAUUCUUAAAACUCCCCACAGAAGACAAUGUAAACGGGCCGGUUUCUCUGUACAACACCAACCAAUCAUGUGUCUCGUCUGUGGAUGAGCAUGAGAACGCAGACAUAAAAAAAAAAAAAAAAAAAAAAAAAAUUCCUUGGGAGUCAUUUCACUGGACGAUGGAGGCGGAUUCAUUUCAAUGGCUCCUAUUUGAGGUUUCUCAGCAGUACACCAAAGGAACCACAAGGUGAUGCCAGAGGAGGGACUAAAGACCAGACGAUAGUGUUCUCAGGAAAGAAA